CCGGUCUAACGUAUUAUGCAGAUCCGUGCCGGACGUUGUGAAAACGAAAGUAGAUUAUGCCUUCACACCCACACACAGAGCCUUAGGCAACAAGCACGAUGAUUGGGUAUGGAGAGAUAAAGGUUCAUCACAACUGGGCUAUAAAUGCCACUUCACACAGGGAAUGUUGUGCUUUAUUUGAAAGAGUUCCCAGAAGAUGGACAGGGACAUCAGAGAACUUCUGCAACAAAGGAGAAGCCCCAUAGCAAUAAGGAACCAGUUAAGAGGAGGACGGCCCUUCCAUCCCUACAAAAGGAAUGGUGAUGUGGAUCUUAGAGACAGAAAAAUAGGAAAUGCCAGAGGAGGCCCUGGAAGAGGGAGAGGCCAUUAUGGGAUGGGACACGGAACCGGGUUUGCCAAUUAUUCCAAACGGAACUCUUGUGAACAUGCCACCUUCAAUCGUGGAGUCAAGAUGAAUAAGGAAGUUGACCUGACUUGUGUAGGCCAAGUGGACUUGAAGAGAGAAGCAUUACAGGGAGGGUGCUUUGACCAUGCUGUUUGUAGCCAAGGCACUGUCUCACACAGUGGUGUCAAUGAGCGAGCAUCUAGAGUCACUAAUCGCCGUGUUGCUCAUGGGACUCAUUAUGACAAACAGAAAGGUGACCAAACUGACUUGCAGAGUGACGUGUUAAAAAACAUUGUGAAAGAAGUGCACUUCAGCUGCCUUGACAGCCAUAGCCGAGGCCCUGUCACAGACACCAACAGAGGUGUCCAUGAGAGAGCAUCCAGAAAAGUCUCCACUGAUCGCCGUGUUGCUCAUGGGACUCAUGACAAAAAGAAAGAUAACAUAAUGGACUUGAAGAGUGAAGUCUUCAAAAUGAUUGUGAAGGACCUGCAUCCACCACACCUAGUUGAAGAAGCUGGAUUCAGAGCCUUGUUAAAUGUCCUUAAUCCAUCUGGUCAGAUCCCAUCUAAUGCCUCUUGGGCUCGUUCACAACUUCAAAAAAUGUAUGAAGACAAAAAGGCGGAAGUGAAAAAGGCUUUAAGCUGCUCAGAGUGCAUUGUGUUGACAGCCGAAAUAUGGCAAAGGUCAUCGGAGAACCACCUGACAGUUAGCUGCCACUUUCUUGAUGAGAAAUGGAGGCGGAAAUCCUACAUUCUUGAAACCACACGCCUCUUUAAAGGACACUGCGUUGACAGUAAUGUGGCCAGAAUUGCCAGCACAUGGGGUAUAGACAAGAAGAUUAGCGUUGUCGUAUCCAACUUGGCUAACAUGAAGGAGCCCUUUCAUAAAAGGGGGUGGUUCGACAUGCCCUGUUUUGCCCACAUCCUCAAUGCCAUGUUCGAGACGUCGACUAAAUCUGUCUGGGGAGACCAGUGGAAGGACCUGCUGAAGAAAUGCAACGACAUUUUGGACAACAUUAACGGAGAUCAAGGAGCAGCAAAAACAGUCAAGGAGCAUCAGGUACAUUCAAAAUCAGCAACUAGGCCACUACACUGGCCUGUAGAUGAAAAAUGGCCCUCAACCUUAAAUAUGCUGGAGAGAAUCUUAGAACAAAAUGGCACCAUCAAAGCCAGCCAUAUUAGCCAUGCUGAGAGUGAAAUCUGGAUUAAUGCUGAGGAUGAUAAGAGGAUCAAAGAAGCUGUUGCAGUACUUAGACUGUUUAAAGAUGCCAUGCAACAUCUAGGGAUAGGCUACCAUUCCAUUUCAGAGAUAAUCCCUCUGUUGGUGAAAACUCAUGGCAAACUGACCAAAGUCAGUAGUAAUAUAGGGAAAGAGAUUGCGAAAAAAUGUGAGAGGCGUAUCUUCGAGAUGAAACAGAACCGCUGGUUGACCUUCAGCAGAGUUCUGGACCCAAGAUUCAAAUUGUUUCCAUUUGCUGAUCAACCUGAGAGCAAAAAAGCUGACAUUGUAGAUGAAAUGAAGAAGCUCAACUCACCCGGACAUUGUCAAAAAGGCUCGUCCCGAGGACUACAACAAGACUUUCAAUCAGUCUUAGAAUGUUACCUACAGGAGCCUCUGCAUAAAGAGAAGAACCCACUUGAAUUCUGGAGAGUUCAAACAAACCUAACUGCUCUGAUCCCACUGGUUCGCAAAUACCUUACAGUGGUUUCCACACCGCUUCCGUCUGAGCGUGCCUUUAGACCAGACGUCUACAAAAGGCAAAACAUGAAGCGCAGCUGCCUGCAACCAGAAGAUGUCAAUAUGAUGCUCUUUCUGCAAGGAAACCUCACAGUAGGCCACUGAUGCUGCUUUGGCAGGGAAUACCUUACCAAAGGCUAAAUACCCAUCCCUACAAGGAAGGAAAAUCUCACAGUAGCAUAUAAUCUCCCUUCAUGCACUUGUAUUAUGACCGCCGCUAGCGUAGCUAGAGAAGCGGUCAUAUAGCGAUUGUCAAAGUUUUUUUCCCCCGUCAUCUAAUUCUUGGUCAACGAUACCAGGGUCACCGAAAC